AUGCCCAACCCAGAGAGACAUGGGGGCAAGAAGGACGGGAGCGGAGGAGCUUCUGGAACUUUGCAGCCGUCAUCGGGAGGUGGCAGCUCCAACAGCAGAGAGCGUCACCGCUUGGCGGCGAAGCACAAGCGGCACAAGUCCAAGCACUCCAAAGACAUGGGUUUGGUGACCCCCGAAGCAGCACCUCUGGGUGCAGUUAUCAAGCCUUUGGUGGAGUACGAUGACAUCAGCUCCGAUUCAGACACCUUCUCUGACGACAUGGCCUUCAAAUUAGACCGGAGGGAGAACGAUGAGCGUCGUGGAGCUGAUCGGAGUGACCGCUUGCACAGACAUCGCCACCACCAGCACAGGCGUUCCCGGGACUUACUAAAAAGCAAACAGACGGAAAAAGAGAAAAAGCAGGAAGUCUCCAGCAAGUCGGGAUCAGUGAAGGACCGGAUAUCAUCAGGAAGUUCAAAGCGUUCCAACGAGGAGAAUGACGACUAUGCGAAGGCACCGAUCUCAAAAAGCAGCAGCAACAAGGAAUCCAGGUCAUCCAAACUCCACAAGGAGAAGGCUCGGAAAGAACGCGAGUUGAAGUCCGGGCACAAAGACCGGAGUAAAAGUCAUCGGAAAAGGGAAACACCCAAAAGUUACAAAACCGUGGACAGCCCCAAAAGGAGAUCCAGGAGCCCCCACAGGAAAUGGUCUGACAGCCCCAAGCAAGACGAUAGCCCCUCCGGAGCUUCUUAUGGCCAAGACUAUGACCUCAGUCCCCCAAGAUCUCACACCUCCAGCAAUUAUGACUCCUACAAGAAGAGCCCUGGAAGCACCUCCAGAAGGCAGUCCAUCAGUCCACCUUACAAGGAGCCUUCGGCCUACCAGUCCAGCACCCGGUCCCCCAGCCCUUACAGCAGACGGCAGAGAUCUGUGAGUCCCUAUGGCCGGAGACGCUCCUCCAGCUAUGAACGGAGUGGCUCUUACAGUGGGAGGUCACCCAGCCCCUAUGGUCGAAGGCGAUCCAGCAGCCCUUUCACUAGCAAACGGUCUCGGAGUCGGAGUCCACUCCCCAGGAAAUCCAUGAAAUCUAGAAGUAGAAGUCCUGUAUAUUCAAGACAUUCAUCCUCUCAUAGUAAAAAGAAGAGAUCCGGGUCACGUAGUCGACAUUCCAGUAUCUCACCUGUCAGACUUCCAUUGAACUCCAGCUUGGGAGCUGAACUCAGUAGGAAAAAGAAGGAAAGAGCAGCUGCUGCAGCAGCAGCAAAAAUGGAUGGAAAGGAAUCCAAGGGUUCACCUAUUAUUUUAGCUAGGAAAGAGAACAGUUCAAUAGAAGCUAAGGAUUCGGGUUUGGAGUCUAAAAAGUUACCCAGAGGUUUAAAAUUGGAAAAACCUGCCCCAGAUGCUGAACAAGUGAAUGCAACACAUCUAAACAUAGAAGCCAAAAAUUCUUUAGAUACAGGGAAAGUAAAGGUGGAUGAGAACUCUGAAAAGCAUCCUGUUCUUAAAGAUUUGAAAGUACAGGGAUCAAGAGACACUAAACCCAUGGCAUUGAAGGAGGAGAUUGUUACUCCAAAAGAGACAGAGACAGCAGAAAAGGAGACCCUUCCACCUCUUCCCACAGUUACUUCUCCUCCACCUCCUUUACCAACUACUACCCCCCCGCCUCAGACCCCCCCUUUGCCACCUUUGCCUCCACUACCAGCUACUCCACAGCAACCACCUCUGCCUCCUCCCCAACCAGCAUUUAGUCAGGUUCCUGUUUCUAGUCCUUCAACUUUGCCCUCUUCUAGUCACUCAAGGACGUCUACUCUGUCCUCUCAGGCAAAUUCUCAGCUCCCUGUACAGGUUUCUAUGAAGACUCAAGUAUCUGUAACAGCUGCUAUUCCACACCUCAAAACGUCAACAUUGCCUCCUCUGCCCCUUCCACCCUUAUUACUUGGAGAAGAUGACAUGGAUAGUCCAAAAGAAACUCUGCCUUCAAAACCCAUAAAGAAAGAGAAGGAACAAAGGCCACGUCACUUACUCACGGACCUCCCUCUCCCUCCAGAGCUCCCUGGUGGGGAUCCUUCCCCACCAGACUCUCCAGAACCAAAGGCAAUCACACCGCCUCAGCAACCAUAUAAAAAGAGACCAAAAAUUUGUUGUCCUCGUUAUGGAGAAAGAAGACAAACAGAAAGUGAUUGGGGAAAACGCUGUGUGGACAAGUUUGACAUUAUUGGAAUUAUUGGAGAGGGAACCUAUGGCCAAGUAUAUAAAGCCAAGGACAAAGACACAGGAGAGCUAGUGGCCCUGAAGAAGGUGAGACUAGACAAUGAGAAAGAAGGUUUCCCGAUCACAGCCAUUCGUGAGAUCAAAAUCCUUCGGCAGCUAAUUCACCGAAGUGUCGUUAACAUGAAGGAAAUUGUCACAGAUAAACAAGAUGCACUGGAUUUCAAGAAGGACAAAGGUGCCUUUUACCUUGUAUUUGAGUAUAUGGACCAUGACUUAAUGGGACUGCUAGAAUCUGGUUUGGUGCAUUUUUCUGAAGAUCAUAUCAAGUCCUUCAUGAAACAACUAAUGGAAGGAUUGGAUUACUGUCACAAAAAGAAUUUCCUACAUCGGGAUAUUAAAUGUUCUAACAUUUUGCUGAACAACAGUGGGCAAAUCAAGCUAGCAGAUUUUGGACUUGCUCGGCUCUAUAACUCUGAAGAGAGUCGCCCUUAUACAAACAAAGUCAUUACUCUGUGGUACCGACCUCCAGAACUUUUGCUGGGAGAGGAACGUUAUACACCAGCCAUAGAUGUUUGGAGCUGUGGAUGCAUCCUUGGGGAACUGUUCACAAAGAAGCCUAUUUUUCAAGCCAAUCUGGAGCUGGCUCAGCUAGAACUGAUCAGUCGACUCUGUGGUAGCCCUUGUCCAGCUGUGUGGCCUGAUGUUAUCAAGCUGCCUUACUUCAAUACUAUGAAACCGAAGAAACAAUAUAGAAGGCGUCUACGAGAAGAAUUCUCUUUCAUUCCUUCAGCAGCACUUGAUUUACUGGACCACAUGCUGACACUAGAUCCUAACAGGCGUUGCACAGCUGAGCAGACCCUACAGAGUGACUUCCUUAAAGAUGUCGACCCCAGCAAAAUGGAUCCUCCAGACCUCCCCCACUGGCAGGAUUGUCAUGAAUUAUGGAGUAAGAAACGGCGACGGCAGCGACAGAGUGGUGUUGUGGUAGAAGAGCCACCUCCAGCCAAAGCCUCUCGAAAAGAAUCUACCUCAGGGACAAGUGCUGAGCCUGUGAAGAACAACAGCCCAGCACUACCACAGCCUGCUGCUGUCAAGGUGGAGCCUGCGGCUGGGGAUUCAAUAGGUCUCGGUGACAUCACACAACAAUUGAAUCAAAGUGAGUUGGCAGUAUUAUUGAAUCUGCUGCAGAGCCAAACCGACCUGAGCAUCCCUCAAAUGGUACAGCUGCUUAACAUCCACUCCAACCCUGAGAUACAGCAGCAGCUCGAGGCCCUGAACCAAUCUAUCAGUGCCCUAACAGAAGCCACUUCCCAGCAGCAGGACUCAGAGCCCGUGGCCCCAGAGGAAUCUGUGAAGGAGGCACCCCUAGUUUCAGUGGUCCAGCCUUCAGCAGAACAGAAAACGCCUGAAGCUUCGAGCACACCAGCUGACAUGCAGAAUAUGUUGGCAGUUCUCUUGAGUCAGCUGAUGAAAACCCAGGAGCCAGCAGGCAACCUGGAGGAAAACAACAGUGACAAGAACAGUGGGCUACAGGGGCCCCGAAGAACUCCCACAAUGCCACAGGAGGAGGCAGCAGGUGGCAGUAGCAGCAGGAGGGAUGGCCCCUGA